GUAAAUCUAGACAAUAACAUCUUGUUUUGAGUUUUAACUAUUGUAGUGAAGAUGUUAACAAUCAGUUGAUAUCCAGAAUGACUGGUAUUCUAUGACUGCUAAAGAGAGUUGUGGUAAGAGAUUUAGUAAUAUAAAAUUGCCUGGCCCUGACGGCGUCGCCAUAGCUAACACUAGCUAAGCUCGCUUUACCAAAAGUUAGCUAAAGGCUAAGCUAGGUCUUUCGAAUAAACACACACAAUAACCAUAACGCUACUGUAUACAGACACACAUCACGCCUACCUUUUCGAUGAGACUCGCUUUGCCAGACCCCAUGACGUCCUCCACCAGAAACACUGUGUUGUCUCUCUAUAAGCGUAUAUUUCGAAUUGCAAGGGUUUGGAAGUCUCAAAGUGGUGUCGCAAGUGACACAGACACAGAGAAAAAGUAUAUUCUCCAAGAAGCUCGCAUGUUGUUUAGAAAAAACCAACAGCUGUCUGACCCAAAAUUGAUAAAUAGGAGCAUAGAAGAAUGUGAAGCCCGAAUAGAAAUUGGCCUUCAUUAUAGAAACCCAUAUCCAAGGGCUACCUAUUUGCCUCCAUUAGGAUUGGCAACCCAGAAAGGUAGAAUGCUCCGAGCUCAACAGCGCCUAAGAAGGCAGGCCAAGCCAGUUUACUUACAGUCACAUGAAGAGACCUGAUGCUCAGGAUCCUGCACCAUUAGCAACAGUUUAGAUUACCACACACAAGACACUGGAGUAUAAUGACAAAUUGAACUCUUAGGUUUAUCAGUCUUUGUGUACAUGAAACAGCUGUGCACUAACAAAAGCAUGAUGUCAGUAAAAGUGAAACCUUCAAAAUGUGUAUAUUUGCAUAAUCGAUGGAAUGUUUGUAUUUAUGUUUUUUGUACAAUGCAAUUUGAAGAUAAAGUUUAGCUAAUGAAAAAAAAAUGUGUUUGGUAAUU